UAAGCGAACAAGCUGCUCGCGAGGCGCUCUCAAAGCAGGAGAGCUGCUCGCGGUACGGGAUGGCUGGGAGAGUACCGACACUCAGCGCGAUCCUCCUACUGGGGGUCCUCCUGACGGGGUGCAAAGCCGCCGGGGGAGGCCGGGGAGCGGGAGCGCAAGACGAGAAAACGGAUAAGGAAAACGACGCGGAGAACCCUUGCGAGAUUAAAACCGUCACCGUGUCCACCCUGCCGGUUCUCCGGGAGAAUGAGUUCAGUUUCACCGGUGGAGGUUCGGGGAGCGUGGCCGGAGGAGGAGGAGGAGGAGGAGGAGGGGAGUCCCGUCUCCUUCUCUUCGUCAGAACAGACCUGCCGGGAAGAAUCUCCGUUUUGGAUGAUCUCGACAACACCGCUCUCCCGUACUUCACACUGGAGAUGUCUGGCACGGGCGCGGACAUUUCCCAGGUGCACUGGAAGCAGCAGUGGCUGGAGAACGGGACCCUCUACUUCCACGUGUCCGCCAGCGGGGCGGAGCAGGUGUACCAGGCCACGCCCCCAGCCCCCCGGGAGCCCGUCCACGUCCUGCACGAGCACAUGCACCUGCUGCACAUCUCCGUUAUGGGAGGCCUGAUCGCGCUGCUGCUGCUGAUCCUGCUCUUCACCCUGGUGCUGUACACCCGACAGCGCUGGUGCAAGCGCAGAAGGGUCCCGCAGAAGAGCGCCAGCACCGAGGCCACGCACGAGAUCCACUACAUCCCGUCGGUUCUGCUGGGCCCGCAGGCCCGGGACAGCUUCCGCGGGUCGCGGCUGCAGCAGCACGGCUCCGUCAUCGGCAUGCCCAUCCGCGAGACGCCCAUCCUGGACGACUACGACUGCGAGGAGGACGAGCACGGCGAGCAGCUGCACAACCAGCUGGCCGACUGCAAGCGGGAGGACGACUCCAGCAGCCAGCUGACCCACACCAUGGAGAGCCUGGGCAAGAGAGGAGGAAGAAACCACUGGGAGAACCGAACUCCGAGAGACUGCACAUCCCCCUGGUCAGCAGGUGAUCCAGCUCUCGAGCCGCAGCAAGAAGCAGUGGAUGCCCUGAUGCUGAAGUUCAAGGAGAGCUUUCACGCCAACACGGCCGUGGAGAUUGCUCACCUGCAGCAGGCCACACACAGCUCCUCCACCAGCAGAAAGAGGCCACACAGCCGCUCACAAGGGAGCAGUGUGUUUGGGCAUUCUGGAUACUCAGGGUCAGAGGCAGAGGAUGAAACGCAGAUGAAGUUCUUCACCGAGCAACACAGGGGGCGACGUCGCAGCAAAGGCUACCCCCACAGCCCCGUGAGCAAGGCCACCCUGACUCUGAUCACCAUCAGCACGUGUGUCCUGGCCCUGGUCUACAGCAGCCAGCCUCCGUGUCCUCUCACAGUGAAGGUCACCCUGCACGUCCCAGAGCACUUCAUCGCAGAUGGUAGCAGUUUUGUGGUCAGCAUGGGCAGCUACCUGGACCUGUCGAACUGGCUGAACCCCGCCCAGCUGACCCUCUACUACCAAAGCAACUCCAGCUCCCAGUGGGUGAGGGACUACUGCGGCCAGAAGGCCACCGAGCCCUGUGAGCAGCUGUGUGACCAGGACACAGGAGAGUGCAGCUGCCAUGAGGGAUACUCCCCUGACCCCGAGCACAAGCACCUCUGUGUUCGCAGCGAUUGGGGGCGCAACGAGGGCCCCUGGCCCUACACAAACCUGGAAAAGGGAUACGACCUGGUCACCGGGCAGCAGGCACCAGAGAGGAUAUUCAGGUCCUCCUACAGCCUGGGACAGGGCCUUUGGCUGCCAGUCAGCAAGAGCUUCGUGGUGCCCCCGGUUGAGCUGUCAAUCAACCCCAUCGCCAGCUGCAAGACAGAUGUCCUGGUGACCGAGGACCCCGGGGAUGUCAGGGAGGAAGCCAUCAUGUCGACGUACUUCGAGACUGUGGAUGACCUGCUGUCUUCCUUUGGUCCGGUACGAGACUGCUCCAAGGACAACGGUGGCUGCCGGAAGAACUUCAAGUGUGUGUCGGACCGGAGGGUGGACUCCACAGGCUGCAUGUGUCCCGACGGCUUGCGGCCGAUGAAGGACGGCUCGGGUUGCUAUGACUACUCGAAGGGCACGGACUGCUCGGACGGCUUCAACGGGGGGUGCGAGCAGCUGUGCCUCCAGCAGCUGCUGCCCCUGGCCGAGGACCCCUCCUCCAGCAACGUGCACAUGUUCUGCGGGUGUGUGCAGGAGUACAAGCUAGCCCCAGACGGGCGCUCCUGCGUCCUGCAGGCAGACGGAUGUGAGGGCCCCAAGUGCCAGCGUCACGACGCCCGCUUCAACGACACCCUCUUCGGAGAGAUGCUGCACGGGUACAACAACAAGACCCAGCAGGUCAACCUGGGACAGGUGUUUCAGAUGACCUUCAGGGACAAUAACUUCAUCAAGGACUUUCCCCAGCUGGCUGACGGACUGAUGGUUAUCCCCCUGCCAGUGGAAGACCAGUGUAGAGGGGUGCUGUCCGAACCCCUGCCCAACCUGCAGCUCCUCACAGGGGACGCCCAGUUCAGCGAGGCUACGGGCUAUCCCAUGGUGCAACAGUGGAGGGUACGCAGCAACCUGUACAAGGUGAAACUCAGCGCCAUCACGCUUGCCACAGGGUUCUCCAAAGUGCUGAAGACGCUGAACUCGGACAGCACCAGGGAGGAGCUGCUGUCCUUCAUCCGGCAGUACGGCAGCCAUUACGUGUCUGAGGCGCUCUAUGGCUCUGAGCUCACCUGCAACAUCUACUUCCCCAGCAAGAAGUCCCAGCAGCAGCUCUGGCUCCAGUACCAGAAAGAGACCACGGACCUGGGCAGCCGGAGGGAGCUGAGAUCCAUACCCUUCAUCUCGUACCUGUCGGGCCUGCUGAAGACGCAGCUGCUGGCCGACGACCUGGUGUCCGGGGUGGAGAUCCGCUGCGAGGAGAAGGGCCGCUGCCCCUCGGCCUGCCACCUGUGCAGGCAGCCCGGCCGCGAGACGCCUAGCCCCGCCCCCACCCUGCUGGAGGUCAGCCGAAUCGUGCCCCUCUACAGCCUCGUGCAGGACAACGUCACCAAGGAGGCCUUCAAGAGUGCCACGAUGAGCUCGUACUGGUGCGCCGGGAAGGGUGAUGUCAUCGAUAACUGGUGCCGGUGUGACCUGAGCGCCUUCGGAAAGGACGGCCUGCCGAACUGCAGCCCCCUGCAUCAGCCUGUCCUCCGUCUCGCCCCCCACAUGGAACCUUCCAGCACCAUGGUCGCCCUGGAGUGGGUGGAUGUCGAGCCCAUCAUCGGCUACAAGAUCUCAGACUACAUCAUCCAGCACAAAAGGGUGGAGGACCCCUCCGAGGCUGAGAUAUACACAGGGGAGGUGUUGAGUUUUGUGGAUGACCUCCUGUCCGGUCUGGGGUCUUCCUGUGUGGUGGCAGGGAGACGUGCCAGUGAACACCCCCACUCAGUCCUCUACACCUUGGUCUUCAAGUGCCUGGAGCCUGACAGCCUCUACAAGUUCACUCUGUAUGCCUUGGACAGUCGCGGGAGUCGCUCUGAGUCCAGCUUCGUCACAGUGAGGACGUCCUGCCCUAUCGUGGACGACAGCAGAGCAGAGGAGAUUGCAGAUAAGGUGUACAACCUGUACAACGGCUACACCAGCGGGAAGGAGCAGCAGACGGCCUACAAUACCCUGAUGGAGAUCUCCCCCCCGAUGCUGUACCGCGUCCAGCACCACUACAACGCCCACUACGAGAAGUUUGGCGACUUCGUCUGGCGGAGCGAGGACGAACUCGGGCCCAGGAAAGCGCACUUGAUCCUGCGGCGAGCGGAGCGCCUCAGCCACUACUGCAGGGCCCUGCUCCGCAGCGCCUACAUCCAGAGCCGGACAGACACCGUCACCUACGCCCAGUGCAGGAGCGAGGGCGUCAGGCCGCCCGGGGCCGCCUGGCGGAGCUCCCUGCAUGAGACCCGGCUCUCCUGCACCGAGAAACUGGUGUCUGUACAGCGCAACACAUACGGGAACGCCAAGCUGCGAUGAGACAGGUCCUCACCGCCCCG